CCUCUCUCUCUCUCUCUCUCUUAAUUCCCCCCUCUUCCCUAAGCCUCCCCCACCCCGGCGACCAUCCCGCCACCAACCAUCCACCCAGCGCCCCGGCGGGCCCCUCCCGCAUCCCCUCCACCCCAACCCACUGGCGACUCCUUGUCCUCCCGGCACCCCUCGUUCCCCCGGCUGCCGACGCCCGCUCCUCCCGACCCCAUCCAUGCGUCUGCCUUCCUCUCUACUGACGACAAGCAACCAUUUCUUCCCACCAUGGAGAGGGAGAGACCGCCACUCAUCCCUCUCUGAUCGACCUUACCUCACGAGCAGCAACAGUGGAGGCUGCAACAGCGUCCUCGUCCUAUCCAUACCCGCUCAAAGGCAGAGAUGGAAGCUGCUGUCGAGGCCGAGGCCGAGGCCGAAGCCGAAGCCGAAGCGUAGGUGUAAGUGUAGCGCCAGCAGCUUCUCAGCGGCAGCCCAGGAGGAGGAGAACCCUCCAACCCAAAGGCAGCAAAGGCGGCAGCAGCAGCGGCAGAAGCCCAAGUCAGAACCCGAUGUCGUUGACCCUGUCGGCUUUCUCACCAAGCUUGGCAUCUCCGAUAGGGCCUUCGCCCAGUUCCUCCGUGAUCGGCAUAAGGUGUUGAAGGACCGCAGGUUUGAGCUGUAUUCGCGUUUUAUCGAUCUCAAGGAGGCAUCUUCUGGAUACGAAAUACUGGGUAUGCAUCGGCACCGACAGCAUCGAGUUGAUUUCAUGGAGUGGGCCCCAGGUGUUCGAUAUUGUUCUCUUGUUGGUGAUUUUAAUGAUUGGUCGCCAACAGAAAAUAGUGCAAGAGAAGGACACUUGGGACAUGAUGAUUUCGGAUAUUGGUUUAUCAUACUUGAAGAUAAGCUAAAAGAUGGGCAACAACCAGAUGAGUAUUAUUUCCAAGAAUAUAAUUAUGUGGAUGAUUAUGAUAAAGGUGACAAUGGUGUUAAUGUUGAAGAAUUACUCAAGCGCAUGAAUGAUGAAUAUUGGGAACCAGGAGAAAUUUGGUCUCGCAAGUCUCGCUUAGAGAUGGUUGCCAAGUUGUACGAACAGAUAUUCGGCCCUAAUGGUCCCCAGACAGAAGAAGAGUUGGGUGAAAUACCUGAUGCUGAAACCCGAUACAAUGAGUGGAAAGAGUCGCAGAGGAUUGACUUUACAAACCAUUUACUGUCUUUUGAUGUUAUUGAUAAUGGACAGGAGAGUGAUAUCUAUAAUGUUGUAUGUGAUCCACUAUCAAGUGAGAAAUUUCGAACAAAGAAACCUCCAAUUGCAUACUGGAUUGAAAUGCGUAAAGGACGAAAAGCAUGGAUAGAAAAAUAUGUGCCUGCUAUUUCUCAUGGAAGCAGGUAUAGAAUUUAUUUUAAUACACCUGAAGGGGCUUUGGAACGAGUUCCUGCUUGGGCUACCUAUGUUCUUCCAGAUGCUUCAAAAAUAAAAUUUUUUCUUUGCACAGGUCUUGGGAUCCUGGUAUUUCUAGAUAUUGUCCACUCGUAUGCGUCAGCAGAUGAAUCAGUUGGGUUAGCUCUGUUCGAUGGAUCAAAUGACUGCUAUUUUCACACUGGAAAACGAGGUCAUCACAAAUAUUGGGGCACAAGAAUGUUUAAAUAUGGUGAUGUUGAUGUCUUGCACUUUCUUUUAUCCAACUUGAAGUGGUGGGUAACUGAGUACCGGAUCGAUGGAUUCCAGUUUCACUCACUCUCUUCAAUGAUAUAUACUCAUAAUGGUUUUGCUACGUUUACCGGGGCCAUGGAGGAGUUUUGUAAUCAAUAUGUUGACAAGGAUGCUUUGACAUACCUAAUUCUAGCGAAUGAGAUGCUGCAUGAACUUAAUCCAGAUAUUAUAACCAUUGCAGAAGAUGCAACAUUUUAUCCUGGAUUGUGUGAGCCAACCACUCAAGGUGGAUUGGGAUUUGACUACUGGGUCAAUCUUUCUAUUCCAGAAAUGUGGUUAUGGCAUCUUGAAAAUGUUCCGGACAAGGAUUGGAGCAUGAAUAAGAUUAUGCAAGUGUUAGUAACCAAGCAAGAAUGCCAUUGUAAUAUGCUUUCGUAUGUGGAGAACCAUAAUCAGUCCAUAUCAGGAGGAAAGUCUUUUGCAGAUAUUCUUUUCAACAAGCCAAAAGAACAAUCUGUUGCAUCUGAGGAUAUUGUUUUCAGAGGUUUACAAUUGGUCAAAAUGAUUAAACUGAUUACAUUUACAACUAGUGGGCAUGCAUAUCUCAAUUUUAUGGGCAAUGAAUUUGGACAUCCAAAUAGGGUGGAGUUUCCUAUGUCAAGCAACAACUAUUCCUUCAUGUUCGCUAAUAGGCAAUGGGAGCUACUAAUGGACAAAGGCAUUCACAGUAACCUUUUCAACUUUGAUAUGGACAUGAUGAGCUUGGAUGAAAAUGAAAGGAUACUUUCUAGAAGUUCACCCAGUGUUCACCAUUGUAAUGAUUUGACUAUGGUGGAAGCAGCCUGCACGGGUGUGUGUGCCAGACCCGCCGAACGGACAGAGUUAUUCCUGUUCGUCCAAGGCGUCACAAUCCGUAUAAUUCAAAACAUUCCAAACAUGAAUAGAAUUCAUAUAUAGAUUGUAUAAGGAGAGUAUCAUAAAU